AUGCAACAGAAACAGCUGCUGCUGCAGCAACUCGAACACCAGACCCAGCAGCUGCGGCAGCAGGUGGAGGAGCAGCAGCAGCAGCAGGAAGAGAGUCAGCAGCAGGAGCAGCAGCGGCAGUCGCAGCAGCAGCAGCAGCAGCAGCAGCAGAAAGAAGAGAUGAUGAGGCUGCAGCAGCAAGCAGCGCUUCAACAGCAGCAGCACGACCUUCAGUUAGAGGAGCUGCAGCAGCAGCUUGCUGCAGAGAAGAGACAAUCUGCGGAGACACUCCAGCAGCUGCAGCAGGCGAAGCAGCAGCUGCAGCAGCAGCUGCAGCAGCAGCAGCAGCAGCAGCAGGAGAAAGAGGAGAGACAGAGACAGGAGACAGCUGUCAACUCUCUGCAGGCUGAGCUGCAGCAGGCGCGAGAAGACACAGCAGCAGCAAACAGCGCAGCAGCAGCAGCAGCAGCAGCAGCAGGCAGCAGCAGCAGCAGCAGCAGCAGCAGCAAGCAGCGAACGCGUGCAGCAGCUUGA